UUGAGACCUAAUAAUUUGUCUAAAAAUAUUAAAGACCAAAUACAUAAUUAGUCCAACGUUGAAGCUGUUAAGAAGUGUCUUCCAAUCAUGCAACAAUUUGACACGGAUAUACAGUGUGAUACUACAACUACCCCGUUUUCUGUAAAGGAUAUACUCAGUGUAAGUGAUUUAAGCGAGAAUUACUAUUUCGGAAAUACUGUAAAGAAAGAACAAAGUGACGUUUUCUAUCCGUCGUAUUGGGACAAUUCGGGAUAUUUUGGUUUUAAUGAACAAUAUGGAUGUUAUUUUGGAGGUGAAGGUGAAAAUUUCGUGAAUAAGAACUAUUGGAACUGUGAUAAUUAUCAGGAAUCAAAUCAGAAUCAUUUACAGCAUUUGAGUCAUCUCUACAGUAAUCAACAGACUGAACACGUGCAAAGGAACAAAGAUGAUGGUUAUAUCAAAAUUGAAAGUCCAAAAAUUCAACAAGUGACCAGUUCAAAAACGGAGCUCAGGAAGUCCGGCCGACAAAGAUCAAAAAGAAAACCGAGAGUGUUGUUUAGUCAAGCCCAAGUGUACGAGUUAGAACAAAGAUUUAAACAACAAAAAUAUCUAUCGGCACCUGAGAGAGAACAGAUGGCCCAAGGGCUUAAACUGACACCAACACAAGUAAAAAUUUGGUUUCAAAAUAGGAGGUAUAAAAAUAAACGGCAGAGGCUAGAGAAAACUGAGAUGGAAAGAAAAACCGAUAAUGUAGUAACAAGUUCAGGAUAUUGCAUCGUACCUCAAAUACAACAAAAUCCCUAUACUAUGUUUCAAACUACUAGCGAUAUUUACUCACAAAAUGAAUAUAUGUGUCAAGAAAAGUAUAAUGAAAUCGGCAUGGGAUUUAAUUAAUAUUUUCAUUUUCAUUGAAAAACAUCUAUUUUUAACGAUUAAUACAGUUUUCCAUAUCAAUUCAAAGUUUUGUUAGUCUACACAACAGUUUACAGGUCUUCAAAACUAUAAUAUUAAAGAUUGCGUUUAAGGAAAGCUGAAUUCAGAAUUGAAACUCAUAACAACAUGUAGAUACUGCUAGCUUCUAAACAGAUUUUCUUCACAUGAUUGACUCAUCUGUAAAGACUAUUAUUCAGCUUCAGCUUCAACUUCAUUGGUUCCAAGUCACCAUACUUCACUUUUAUUGGAUGAAAUGAAAAUGUUAACCAAUUGCAACAGAUUUAAGGCUAUGAUUUAUUUCUACUAAUUUACCUUGCAUAACACAUCUGCAAGUUGUAAACGAAGUUUUAUUCAAUUACGCAAUUCUCUAUAAAUUCUUAUACUAUUAUACACUUGCGUGCAUAGAAAUGGGCCCUCUAUGAAAUUUUGACGUUAACUAUCUUUAGUUUAAAAUUAUUCAUCAGAUCAAAAAGGAAAAGGAAAUAUGCUGUUUUAAAGACAAUUUAUUAUGCUUUACAGUGAGUAUAAAGUUAUCAGCAAGGCUUAUCGUUUACAUGCGUAGCAAUCGGUAAAGGAAUGAAACGUGUUUAUGUGGUGAUUGUAAUGAAAAGAACAAAUUUGUCAAAUAUUAAAAUUAUUGCGUUUGCAACAGAAAUUUGUAUAUUAUUCGUUAAUAGUGUUCAAAUGUGUUAGUUUAAUGUAUACUACAGCUCAAAAAGUUAUUGCUUUACUCGAAAAUGAUCUUGGUCAGCGAGCGGUUCGAUGAGUGUGCCAGCGAUAUGAGGAGACUCGAUCCUUUCAUAAACGAACUGGAACAGGCCGAAACAAUUUACAAACGUUCGUGAUGACCGCUUUAUUGUAUCAACAGCAUUAAGGAAUAUUUACUUGAAUGUCGUUCAAGUGCAACAACAGCUCCGUGAGGUGCGAGGAGUGACUAUUAGUCAGUGGACAGACAGUAAGACGGAGGCUGCAAGAAAAUAACCUAACCCCUAAAACACUUGCAAUUUGUCCAAAACUUACUGCACGCUUGCGUUUUGCACAGUAUCAUCUAAAUUGGACGUUGGAACUAUUGGGAUCCGUUCUGAUCUCAGAUAAGACCAGAAUAUGUGUCCACAACGAUCGAAAAAGGAAAGUGCACCAAAGACCAAUAGAGCGAUUUGCAGAUUGCUGCUUUGAAGAGUGGAGUGCUUAUGGAGGUGGUUCCUGCAUGAUCUGGGUGCAAUUUCUAGGAGCACGAACCGACCCUGUGCUCAUUCUUAAGGGCGCCUGUGUUCACGGAAGAAGAGGUUUAACGGCUGAUAGAUAUAUCGAGAAGAUUUUAGCAAUUCAAGUGUUAUCUUACGUCAACUACAAUGGAGACGAAUAGUGUCCUGAUCUAAAUCCGAUAGAAAAUUUAUGGGAUUUAGAGAAUUCGAGCUAAACUGGAUCGCAGAGCUUACUGUUGCAGUAGAAGAAGAGUGGCUUAACAUUCCACAAGAAAUAAGCUGUCUUGAUUAGAUCUAUGCUUAAUCGUAUGGGAGAUGUUAUUAGGGCAAGAGGAGGUCAUACCCAUUAUUAAGUUUUAAAUUAUUAAUAAUCUUCUUUAUGUUAAUAAUGUUUUCAUAAAUUUAUACUUUCAUUGAAGCAUAUAAAUUAUUUUUUAACAGCAUAUUUUUUUUUGAUCUUAUAAAUAAUUUAAAUAAAAUAUAGUUAGAAUCAAAAGUUUACAGAGGGCCGAUUUCUAUGCAUUCAAGUAUAUUAUCAUUAAAACGAGGAGCACUAGCAGCGGUCCUUGUAACAUACUAACUGGCAAACCUUUGCUAAUAUGGUGGCUAGCAUAAUGAAUGAAGUAAAACGAGAAAAAAUCAAUAAAACACCUACGAAUAAAAAGUAGUAAUGUUUUAUUCAUUAUGUACAGUACUUAUUUUUUUACCUUUCCAUUCUUUAAAUAAAUAAAAUUGAAUCUAUUUUGAAAGUAUCAAGGUGAUUAUUAUUUAAUGAAAAGUUUGCUUUAAAAUCGAAAUUUGUUGUUACCAUAUAGCUUUGACUGAUGUAUAUAAAGCUUUGUAUGUUAAGUUUUAGAUAUUCUUUACUAAUAAACUCGUUAAAAUUUUACUUUAAGUUGAAUGUGUAAAUAAUAUAUUAUAGUUAUAUUUCAAUAUUGAAUAAAUGAUUUUAUAUA